AUGGCCGAAGCAGACGUCCACCUCCACGACUUCGCCAACAUCUUCUCCCUCGCGGGCAAAGUAGCCGUCGUAACCGGCGGCUCGCGAGGCCUAGGCCUACACGCAGCAUCGGGCCUCCUCCAAGCAGGCUGCUCCAAAGUCUUCAUCUCCUCGCGCAAAACCGCAGCAUGUGAAGCCGCCGUAGCAGCCCUCAACGCGCUGCCAAACAAGCAACCAGGGGCCCGUGCAUACGCCGUACCCGCGGAUAGCUCGACGCUCGCGGGGAUUGAGCGGCUGGUGCAAGACGUAGGCAAAGAGACGGAUCACGUGGACAUUCUGUUCGCGAACGCGGGGGCGACGUGGGGCGCGGCGUUCGACGAGGUGGAUGAGAAGAACGGGUGGGAUCGGGUUAUGGACUUGAAUGUCAAGGCGGUGUUUUUUACUAUCCAGAAAUUCGCGCCCCUCCUGCAGGCAAAGGCCAGCAAAGAGCAGCCCUCCCGCGUCAUCGUGACCACCUCCGUGGCCGGCAUAGCCGUCGGCUCGCUCGGCGCGAACGCCUCGUUCUCGUACUCUGCGUCCAAAGCCGCCGUGCUGCACCUGGCGCGCAAUCUCGCGGUCGAGCUCGGGCCGCGGCACGUUCUCGUCAACGGCGUCGCGCCGGGCUUCUUCCCGUCGAAGAUGGCGAACGAGCUGAUGAGGAGGAGCGGCGGUGUGGAAGCGCUGGAGCAGGCGAAUCCGAAUGGGCGCUUGGGACGGCCGGAGGAUAUUGCGGCUGCGGUGGUGUAUUUGAGCAGUCGGGCGGGCGGGCAUGUUAAUGGGGAUGUGGUUGUGCUGGAUGGCGGGAAGAUUUGGGGGAGUGGGAAACUGGAGCGGUUGUAG